AUGACACCAUUAGCUCAUCACUUACCUUACACUCAUCAAACUGCAACCGAUUCUCCUGACUCCGACUACUUAUCAUCACCAUCUCCACCUCCGACAUUCGAUUUCGAAGAUUUCCAUUUAUAUGAUGGUCUACAACAACUAGAACUAGCUGCGCAACAGCCGCGAACUUCCUUCAACUUCUCGUCACUCUCUCAAGGGGCAGAUCCUAGCCCAGCCGACCUGCAAUUCCUGCAAACUUCGUAUUCCUCAAACGCCCAGUUUCCCGGUCAGACAUCUGCACUGCAAAGUGUCGAUGAUUCUGAGUCUCCAUUACCGCCGAUGAGUGGGGGCUCCAAUUUCGCACAUAACACUUGGCCAAAUUUCAGCGAGCAAGGAUACCUCAGUCAGCAAACUCCACAACAAUUUCAUACACCGCAAGGGUUUCGCACUCACAAGAGAUUAUCGUCAGGCUCAUCAGUCGCUUCAACAGGCCCAGCCUCUCCCUACACCCAGUCAUCUACCUACCCGCAAAUUGUCGAUACCGAAACGCAUUCGGCCUCUUCUCCUCAUCUCGAUCCCUACGACACAUCAUACCAACACCCUCAUCAAUUUGAGAAACAGGUCUAUUUCCCGCAACCGAGUCCUCUCAGUUUCGUGAACCAGCCCUUCCAACACCUCAGCCUGUCAGGUAAUGAAGCAGGAGGUGCGAUGAUGGGUAGACAAAGCGCAGGAGGAGAUGCGAUGGCGCAAGCACACAUGUCCAACACGAUGGGCGGGCAGCGCAACACGCGCAGGUCUACAGCAGCUCCUGGCAUUGCGGAGUUUGCGCGAACAGAGUCAGCUGCCAUGCAAGAUGCGGGAUACAGCCCGUCAGCAGGCCAACACCUGGCGCAGAACUUGAGCCAAGGACAGACACUGGCACCACACCGCCCUUCAGUCCUCAGCGAUCUGGUACACCAGGCCAACAACGCGCGAUCGACCUCUCCGUCGAUGGACCUGUCGCGUGAGCGAUCCCCAUUCCGACACGAUUCGGAAUUCGCGGGCCAAGGCCAGGGCCAGACCACGCCUGGACUGCCGAACAGCACCGGAACAUCCCGCAUUAACGCCGUAACCCAAGCCCGGCAAACACGAGAGCAGCAGUACGUGCAAGCAGAAGUUGCCCGUGCUUACGCGCAGCAAAAGCAACAGCAACAGCAACAGCAACAGCAACAGCAGACGCAGGCAGUUCCUCAAGGUUACGGGUCAGCCUCAAACACCAUCUCGCCAAAAGAGGCCCUUCUGGACUACAAGGCCACUGACGCCGACCACGCCAAGUUGCCUGCGCAGCAUUCUCACUCAUCGGCCCACGCCGCCCAGAACCAAUUUGUCACAGCUAAUAAUGAUGUGUCGAGUAAUACCAUUACCGGGAAAAAUCGUGGCACUUUUCACCCCCAAAAUGGCCUUGCAACGGUAUCAUCGAGUCGUGGGCAGACUCCGACCUUUUCCUCAUCGCAACAAUCAAACCUCUCAGGCAGCUUCACUUCGAUGCCUCCAAACAACCCCAAUGUCGGCGCUCAAUACCCCUUCAUCUCACAACGCCGUCAGUCCAGCAGCUUGCGCAGCGGCCAGUCGGACCAGGCACCUGAAUUCCCGGCACAUUUAACGUCCAUGGAAUCCACCAAGUCGGAUUCAAGCCGAGAGCCAAACGUUCGUCCGCCCGUCUUUGUGUCGCAAGAAACGACAUCCUCUCAGCGCUCCGAAAAUGCAUCACCUUACCCACGACCCCGCGACACGUUUGCUCAUACUAACACCUAUGUCUGUACAGCCCCAAAGUGUAAUGCGCGUUUCGAUGCCUCUGCAAAACUACAAAAGCAUCGCAAGGAGAAUCACCGCAGCUCACCAAAUCGCUCAUCUACGUCCACGACAUCCUCGUCAGCGGUAGUAAACACUCAGGCCGCCACAAAUAAUGCCUCGCGCAAUAAUGCGCCAGGGCCACAUAAGUGUGAGCGCACCAAUCCUAGUACCAACAAACCGUGCAAUACAAUCUUUUCGCGAUCCUACGAUUUGACGAGGCAUGAGGAUACGAUCCACAACAAUCGGAAGCAGAAGGUGCGAUGCCACCUCUGUACAGAAGAAAAGACAUUCUCCAGAAAUGAUGCUCUCACUCGACAUAUGCGAGUCGUCCACCCAGAUGUGGAUUUCCCCUCUCGCAAUCGACGACAGAGAUGA